AUGGCGACUGCGCGCGAGCGGAUCAGGCUGGUGCUGGGCCGACUCGUGGCGGCCGCACUCCGUCGCUCCGGCAUUAUCUGCGCCGUGAGCGUGACAGCGGGUCUCGUGCUGCUGCUGCUGCUCCCCGCCCUCAGCGCACCCACCUAUGUGGACGAAAACGCGCUCAUGCCAGGCUCAGCAUCUCCUCGCUAUUCCGAAUCCGAUGCCCGCUACGCCAUUGCGCUGCUGCAAUCGCUGCACACCCACAGGGGUUCGUUCGACGAGUGGAUUGCUCACCACCUGCGAGCCUUGCAACUACCUCUCUACCCGCACGUCUGGUCCCCUUCCUCCUCUCGCCUCACACGCACCCACCUCUCCACCCGCCCUUCUGAUGAUGAUGGUGAUGGUGGCGAUGGUGCUGGUGGUGGUGGUCAAGGUGGUGAAGGGAUAGACGGGGCUGUGGAGCAGGAGCAGGUGCAAGCAGCAGAGAGCAUAGCAACUCCCCACCUCCCUGCCCUGCGCGUGUCCAGUGCAUUUCUCCCUGCAGAAAGCAGCCGACACAGCAGCAGCCGUGCAGGCAGCAGCCCUCGUGUGCCUGCUCUUUCUUUGGGCUGCCCUUGUGGCCACCAUUCCCCCCCACUUGCAGCACCUCUCAGACAACCUCCUCUCAUCCCCGAAUCCCCUCCCUUUCGCCCAACUCCUCUCGUCACUCCUCCCCAUGCUUCCCCCCUCUCCCCUGCUCUCACUCCCCUCACUCCCCUCACUCCCCUCAUUCCUCCUCCCGUCGUUUCUCCUCCCCACGAGCCCGACUCACUGCCUGCUACUCUGGACAACCACCACUCUCUCCUCUCUGGCCAUUGUCGUUUCUCUCUGGUGGUCUAUCAUCUGCCCUUCUGUUGCUAG